GAGAAUACACGUCAUGCAUCAAAGAAAGACAGCUUAGUGUAUAUGACCACACAUUGUUUCUUGCUGCAUUGGUUGGAUGCGAAGUGUGAUCACUUGGAUUUUGACAGAAUGAGAAUGCUGGCAUUUUUCCUGGUUUGUGCGAUAAUUCGCCAGUAUGGAACAUGGGGGACUCCAACUCCAGGAUUUGGGUGGACGGAUAUUCCAGGACAUACACCUGCUAAGGCGCAAGAGGGGCACUCUGUUGUGAUGAGAAGUAAAGUCGUCAGUCCGAAUUUACCUGACGAUGCGAACCUUUGUUACCUUUUGAAAGAAGGUGAUGAAGACCAGCAACAAAUUAUCUGCAAACAUCGUUUAACUCGGACCAGCAAAUUCAACUUCAACCCGUUUGGUCUCCGAUUCGGAAAGCGCGACAAAUUUAACCCAUCCAAGGCCAGCCUCAUAAGAUCCAGUACAAGCAAAUUGUUGCCUAUUCUACUCUACUUCAGAGAACUAGAAAUUCCUGCCUAAAUUGGUUCCUUCCCAAGAAGGAACCAAUGUUUAAACAAUGGAGAUGGUCAAUUAUCUUUUGCUAUAGCAGUUAUAGCAGCAUCCUUAUAACCAUUCACUCAUGAGGUUAAGAGUUUGUGUGUCAUAUUGUCUACUUAUAAGGUGGGUUUGGGAAA